CCGCAAAAUAGCGGGAUGACGCCAGAUCGUCAGCGUCACCCUCCACAUGUCUCCCCACACCUACAUAGAGUAGUGCAGGGUAUCCUGGGUAGAACAUGGGGAAGUGCGGCGCACAUCUGGCACUCGUUAGUGUCUACCUCACAGCCUUGGCAGGCGCGACACUUAAACCAUUUAGCACGUCCUUCUUUUUGGACAAAAAGAAACCUCUUGUUUGUUCGGCAUCUGCUUUUCACGAUCAUCAUCGGCAUUGAUACUCAUCAUCCCUGGAUAAUCAGCUACAACAUCUUCACAUUAAAUACUCAUAGCCAUCUAUCUGAGCCCAAUACUUGCAGC